AUGGAAGGAAAAACGAAGGCCUCAAUAACCAAGUUGUUUUUCCUGGCCAUACAUAGCCUUGCUUUUUUGGGGCCGUUUUAUUUCAACUGGUCUGCGUUUUGGCUGGCUGUGGCACUCUACUUUGUUACAGGUGUGGGUAUGACCCUGUCUUACCAUAGAAACCUGUCUCACCGUAGCUUCAAGCUUCCCAGAUGGCUCGAGUACUCUUUUGCCUAUUGCGCCGUCCUUGCACUCCAGGGAAGUCCAAUUGAAUGGGUGAGCAUACAUAGAGUUCAUCAUCAGUACACUGAUACAUGGGAUGACCCUCACAGUCCCAUUAAGGGAUUUUGGUACAGUCAUAUUGGUUGGGUCGUUGACUAUCGUGCUCGGGCUGCAAAUCCCGACGCACUAGAAUUCAAAAAUGUCGGUGAUUUGAAGAAGCAAUGGUACUAUAGGUUUCUUCACCGUACAUAUCCGUUUCACUCUGUUGCUCUUGGAUUUCUGCUAUAUGCUGCAGGAGGGCUACCAUACAUUGUUUGGGGAAUUGGUGUGAGGACCGUAUGUUUUCUCCACGCUACUUGUUCAGUGGGCUCGAUCUGCCAUAUGUGGGGAAAGCAAGUAUGGAAUACUGGUGACUUGUCUAAAAACAACUGGGUGUUAGGGUUGCUAGCUCAUGGAGAAGGUUGGCACAACAAUCAUCAUGCUUUUGAGUACUCAGCUCGACAAGGCUUGGAAUGGUGGGAGAUUGACACUACUUGGUAUGUAAUUAGGUUCCUCGAAGCCAUUGGGUUGGCCACAGACGUGAAACUCCCAUCUGAAGCUCAUAAGAAACGAAAGGCUUUCCCUGCUGAAGUUCAUAAGAAACCAAUUUAUUGA